AUGGAUAGUGGUCUUAACCAUCCGAUCAAAUGGGGGACAUAUCGAGAGGAUGUCCGGUCCCAACUGCAGAGAUUUGAGUCCCUGCCACAGGAUGGUCUCGCAUUAAUGCAGUCCUAUCAGGCUGUCCUUGACAAUGAUGAGACUUUCACCCAAUACUUCUCGGAAGAACCACUCGAAAGUUACACUAUCGAGACGCGUCUAAGGGAAACAUUGGGCAUUCGUCCUCCGUGUUCAUCAGACUCUGAGAAUACCCCCUCGAUUAGCUGGGUCAACAUUUUCCGACACGGCAAUUUCGAAAAGCAAAGUGAUGGCUCCUACUACUGUUACGAUCAAGGAAAUCUCGUCAAAAUUGAUGAGUCCCUUCACAAAAGCAUUUUGCUCAACCGAUGCUUCCUCCCGGCAAACUCUUACCUGUGGCCAAGUCCCAUCGACGCUGAAAGAGAGUCGGAAAUCACGCUGGCAAUAGAGGCAGAUGUCUUGGACGAGCUUGAUAAAAAGAUCAAAUACGUGGAGAAAUUGAAGCGACUUCAGUUAGCACUGAAGAAACGCCGAGUCAGGCUCCAAGGUAUUCGAGACCCCGUGAAAAGGGCUCGUUCACCACAAUCUCCCGGCUCACAGUACCCUGCCCUUUACGAGUCACGCCAUCCCACGAUCUGUGUUGAGACGCAUACCCGUGCACGCAGCUCAUCGGAAAGCUCGGGAGUCUCAAGUGGAUCUGAUAUCCCUUUCACCAUUCCCGGCGAUGUUUCAAGACCCAUGUCAUAUUAUAGUGAUGAAGUGGUUGAUAACUCAAGCCAACAAGACCCUUCGAACUUGGUCGCCGAAAGCAACCAGAAAACACAUGGUAAUGAAACGGGAGUAUCGGUGUCCGGGCUUCUCAGCAACAGAAAGCCCGAGGUCGCACAAAGCCAGGCUGAGACACAGCCUGACAAACAGUUUCUAGGAGACGAGUCGGCGAGACACCCGCUCCAUGGCAACGAGGACCUGAUGCGACCGCCUCCGAAAAAGCAAAAGACCGAGAGUGCCUCGUCCCCAACGGAUAUCGAGACCACUGACCUCGGUGAAGAGUUACCAAUGUGGAAAGAAAAGGUCGAUACGCCGACCAAACCACAGCCCACAUCUUCCACUGCAGGAACGCGACGCAAGGGACAAAAACGAACACGGAAUAACUUCACUGACUAUGAGAAAAAGCAUGCUCCAGCCUGGUUCAAGAGUCAGGUAAAUGCAGGAAAGCCCCCGGGUGAUAUUGAGAAAGCCUACGUCGAAAAGUUUGGUGUUUUCCAUCGCUGGCUCACACUGAGACUUUGGGUCGACCGGAUGGACGAACGGGCAGUUAAAGAAGAAGGAGUGGGCGGCGCAGAGACCCCAAGCAAAAUCGUGGUAUUGAAAGUACAACUCCCGUUGCAUCUUCAUUUGGCCUUCUUGAAUGACAAUCCCUCCUAG